AUGGUUGUCGGGAACAUCUAUGUGAUUGCUUCCGUCGCCGUCGUCGGCGGCGGUCUCUUUGGCUUUGACAUCUCGUCGAUGUCUGCUCAGCUGUCUGAGAAUUCCUACCUUUGUUAUUUCAAUGAGGGGCCUCAGGGCCCGCCAUUUAAUGACGCCGACGAUUGUAGUGGUCUGUCUUCGUUGCGACAGGGUGGUGUCACUGCUUCUAUGGCCGCUGGCUCCUGGCUGGGUGCCUUGAUCUCUGGUUUUAUCUCUGAUCGUCUUGGACGUAAAUAUUCCAUCAUGUUGGGUUGUCUUAUCUGGAUUAUUGGCUCUACUUUGAUUUGUGCUGCCCAAAAUAUAGCCAUGCUUUGUGUAGGUCGUGUCAUUAACGGGUUGGCCGUCGGAAUCGAGUCAGCGCAGGUUCCUGUCUACAUUUCCGAAUUAUCGCCUCCUUCGAAGCGUGGUCGAUUUGUCGGUUUGCAGCAGUGGGCUAUUACCUGGGGUAUUCUGAUCAUGUACUAUAUCUCAUAUGGCUGCUCCUUUGUUGGAGGCAAAACCUCUUCUGACUAUAGCGCGGCGGCUUGGCGAAUCCCCUGGGGUCUGCAAAUGAUCCCGGCUGUUGCUCUGUUCUUUGCCAUGAUGUUGUUGCCCGAAUCUCCGCGUUGGCUGGCUCGUAUGGAUCGUUGGGAAGAAGCACACGAGGUACUUGCGCUUGUUCAUGGGAAGGGUGACCGCGACCACCCAUUCGUCGCAAUUGAAUUGCAAGAUAUCCGGGAUAUGUGUGAGCUAGAGCGAACCUUCGGAAAUGUCACCUACUUUGAUUUAUUCCACCCUAAAAUGCUCAAUCGAACCUUGAUUGGGCUUUUCACCCAAAUUUGGUCUCAGCUGACGGGAAUGAACGUGAUGAUGUAUUAUAUCAGUUAUGUGUUUGGCAUGGCUGGGUACACAGGAAACGCAGCCUUGCUUUCCUCGUCUGUUGAGUACAUCAUCAACGUCGUUAUGACCCUACCUGCUCUUUUCUGGCAAGAUCGCUGGGGUCGUCGUCCAACUAUGCUGGUGGGUGCGUUCUUUAUGUGCGUGUUCAUGUUCGCGAACGCCGGUAUUCUAGGUAACAACGCAACAAUUAUCCCGGUGGAUCAACGUACGACGCCCGAGCUGUCAAUGUCCGUGACUGGCGCAGCCUCAAAGGGUCUUAUUGCCUGCACAUAUUUGUUUGUUGCCUCAUAUGCUCCCACAUGGGGUCCAGUUUCAUGGACAUACCCACCCGAGCUGUUCCCAUUGCGUCUGCGUAGUAAGGGAGUCUCCAUGGCCACAUCAGGCAAUUGGGCUUUCAACACAGCUCUUGGUCUGUUUACUCCAUCGGCCUUUGCCAACAUCACCUGGAAAACGUAUAUUUUGUUCGGAGUAUUCAACGCGGCCAUGUUCAUCCACGUCUACUUCAUCUUCCCCGAGACAGCGGGUAAGACUUUGGAAGAGACGGAAGCCAUGUUUGAAGACCCCAACGGUAUCAAAUACUUGGGAACUCCCGCUUGGAAGACCCGGGUCCACACUCGCAGCACAAUUGCCAUGGAGCAUGGCGAUGUGGAGAACGCGAAAGCAGCUGAGGCUCGCGCCGAGGUUGUGCAGGCUGAGGCCACCCAGUAA